GCGGAGUCAGUUGGAGCCGCGCGAGCGAGCGAGCGAGCGCGCGCGCGCGCGCCCUUCUCGACGCCACUUUUCGACUGUGCUCGGCGCGAGUCAGCAACGCUUGCGCGAUGUGCGUCCGUUUGUCGACACUCGACAGACAAUGCGAUACGAUACGACGUGAUUACGGAUCGAUCGGGCCACGCAGAGAGAGAGUCGAAUCGACGUGAUCUUCCUUCGCGGACAGUCGUAGACAGUCGCCGCCAGCCGCCACCAUUCGUGGAUAGAGUACGGUGCGCGUUGUUCUCGCGUUCGUUCUCGCGUUACCGUGCUACGCGCGAGAAAGGCAUUUCCUGCGGGCGACUCUUCCUCUCUCGAAUGGAUACGGAUCACCUUAGCUGGGAAAUCCGUCGCGACCCCGAUCCCCGAUCUCCGAUCGGGUUAAAAGUUCUCUCGCCUGAUUUAUCGUUUGUUGUCGCGAGAACAAGCAAAUUGAUUGAACGAGCAGCAGUCUCGCCUACGUGAAAAUGUCGAUCGCGCCUUCGUCUGACCUGGCUGAGAAUCGGUUCGCUCGUUUCGAUGGUAUUCGUCGACAGUUGGAGCGUACGCGAGUGUAGUGCAGUGUCUCUCACCUCUCUCGACGACGUACGUCGUUAUUACGUCGAUGCAGCCUGUGCUCCGCGAGUUUUGCUCGCAUUUUGCUGAAGAUACGUACAAGCAGAAGAGAAAGAAAAAGAGAUCGUGCGACAUCAACCAGCGACCGGAGAGAGAGAAAGAGAAUCGUUUAUUCUCCUGCGACAUACUGUACCGCACGUUGCUACGAACGCGUACGACUAUAAGAGCGCGGAGAAAGCAUCUAGUUUUGCAAGCCGACGAGGUUACAGUCGGUCCUCGUCCUGCGCCACGUGUUUCCCGAUAGCAGACUCGCCGGUUGAUAAUUGAUAAUUGCGCGCGCGUUCUCGACCGCCCGGGAGAUAAAGGAGAGAAGAGAGCUGUCGGACGAUUUCUGGACACACGAGAACAAAGAAGACAAAUCGAUCAGUCAACAAGGACGCAGACGAGAGCAGACGUAGAAACGAGGGAAAAUCGCGGCGAGAAACAGAGAGAGGUGUCUCAUCUUGCUGUGUAGAGUGCCGAGACCAAUGUCCAGGCCCGUACAAUGGCUAGGGCCCUGUCUGAAAGUGCCCCAAGAGCCGUGAGCGUUAUUGCAGUCAACGAUACUGCCGUGGAUGACGUCGAUGACAAUCGCGCGCAGGAAGCGCGGGGCAAUACUCGAUCCUUCACCUCGACGGAGGCGCAGACGGAGCUAGCACUUGACGGUACCGUCGUCGGUGGACCGACGACGGUGGUGGCGACGGCAUCGUCGUCGGUAGCGGCGACGACGUCGGCCGUCCGAACCGAGGAGGUUCCCGAUGGCGUUCGGGAUGCGAUGGCGCGUAGGCGGGAACGACGAAUGCGUAGGCAACAUCGUCGCGCUCUGAGAUCUUGCACUGUACCGCCGGCAUAUCCCACAUCUGGUUGCCAGACUGCGAGUUCGACCGCACCGGGUGUGCCCCUAGUGCCAUCCGCUAGAGGCUUCCUUCAUCCUCCGCCUCCGCACUUGGGCCUCAGAGGCCUUAGCCUUGGUUUACCUUUUCCGGUGCCUGCUAGUGUUUCCGCCUUUGGCAGAGACACGGUGGCGGUGCCGAAACAAUGCUGUGGCCUGAGUUCCCCGCCAGUACGCUGGUCCAUAUUGGGUGUCGGUUUCGUCGGUCUCGUUUGCACAGGUGCAGGCACUCUUCUCGGCGCCCUCAAAGCCUCCGGCCGUGAUCAUCUCGUGGGCGUAUUUAUGUCCGGCAUAGGAGUACUUCUAGUGUUGGUGAGUGCAGUGGCGUGGCGACUGACCAAUCAAGAUUACUGCGGCAGCUUUUUCGGUUUCACGGGCAUAUCCGGCAGAAUACCACCCACAAGACCGAUACAUCCCUAUGCCGCUAUGAUCUACCCGGAAUUUCAGUUUAGGACACCACCACCGAGUUACCAGGCUAGUAUGCAAGAAUAUAGACUUCGACUGUUGUUGUUGGACCGUUUGCAGCCUGCAUCUUCGCCACCGCCAACUUAUAGAUCGAAUGCGGGAAGCAUUGCAGCUCCUGGUACGGCGCGAGAGAGUCGACCGCCAAGUUACCGCGCCGAAUCCAACGUCACGCCGAAUACGACUCUAGCGCCCUCGAAGAAGGACGCGAAUCUCGUUAGGAUCGUCCAAACUGAAUCCGAGCCCGUUAUUCUCAGUGGUGAUCAAACGCCACCCGUAGCUUCCGUCGAAGUACUGGCGCAUCUUUAGAUUAAGCCACAUGUUCGCCCGCCCAUCUACGAUUUAUGGCCAUCUCUUUCAGGGUUCGCGAAAGCGAUUGUAAUUAUGUAUCUAAAAGACACGACGUUUAAUUGUAUAAAUUAAUUUAAUUAAUUAUAUAAUAUACGAGAUAGAUAGAUAUAUGUAUGUAUAUAUACAUAUAUGCAUAUAUAUACAUACAUGUAUGUAUGUAUAAGUAUAUAUACGCGCAUGUGUGUGUGUGUGUGUGUGUGUGUGUGUGUAUAUAUAUAUAUAUAUAUAUAUAUAUAUAUAUAUAUAUAUAUAUAUAUAUAUAUAUAUACACAGCGAAGAUGAAAUAUAUCUUUCAAAAAGAUUCAACUUGCGAGAUCGACUAGAUCUUUGUCAAACGAUAAGCUCGCACUUUUAACGUUCGUUACUUUUUUCAGAUCGCAUUAUUGUAUUUUUAUUAUUUUUCCUCCAAAGUUUGGCUACAGCGAUCUUCGUCAAAUAUGCGUCGGUCGGUCGUCAUCUCUGAAGUGGAGGCGAUACUUGAUGGUUUCUCUGUACAAUUUACCUUCUUCUUUCUUGUUCCUUUAUUAAUUGUCUUAUUUGCUUUUAGCCUAGUAUUAGUACCAUGCUUUCGUUUCCGUGAAAGCGAUGUUGGAUCUGUAAUAGACAAAUAUAUAAUUUAUUCUCGA